AUGAGCACCCUCGUCCUCCUUGACUCCUUUUGGGAGGGCCUUGCGACACCUGGAGCGGACCCGCCGGCGGUCCUGCUCGGGGUCGAAGCCUUUCAUGUGGAGAAGUGGACGGCAGCCGUCGCAAAGCUGUACCCCAAGUCCUUGACCUCGUACCUCAACGGCUUGCCGACCAAGCUGCCCAGGAAUCUGGUCGGGGACUUGAAGCCCUUCGCCAGGCUCCAUGGGGUCUUUAGGCUUCCUGUACCAGAACGAGCAGCACACUUGCAGAAGCUCGGCAUUUACCUCGCCUCUGCCGAGGAUGUCGUGGAAUCAGGUGACAGCGCAGGAGCAGUGGUCGCUCCGCCUGAAGACUGCUUAAGUGAGGUGGACUACGAUCCAAGUGACAUCGAAGAUGAGGCAGAUGCUGCGUUGGUCUCUGGUCCCGUCACAGUUACGCCAGCCCUGAAGCGCCGCCGGCUCCUGGAGAAAAGCCCCCCGCCCAUGUUCGUCCCUGUCGAGAUGCUCGCCGUUAUGCCGGAGCUUCUCGAGGACACAGACAUGGCCAGGUCUCUAGGAGUGCCCGUCUUCUCUGUGAACUUCGGUCCUACAGCACGGAAGCCGCGGCUGCUGCGGCCCUUGGUGAUCACAGGCGUCCCGGCCAUAGCACGCCCCGCGCUGCAAGCGGUGUCCGGCAAGGAGUCGGGGCAAAUGUACUACGCAAGCAAGCCGCUCUGCGCAUCUACUUCGGCUAUGCGACUCCUCCAGGCGGCCCCGGACCUGCAAACGGCGUACAGUCGCUUGCCACUGUUGCUUUCUCCCAGCAAGCCGAGGAGCUUGUCGAGAGUGACGGUGAAGCUCGUGGAGGACGACUUCUACCAAGAUGAGGCAACGACGGAUGGUGCUGCAGACGUUGGAUGGGAGGACGCUCAGCGCCUUGGCCUUCUUACCUGCGGACCUCCAGAGCCCGGCACGUACGUUCUCUACGCACCAGAGCAGUUCCGCGGCAUGUUUCGACUUGGCAGGGAUCAUGACGUUCUAGGGAAAGGCAUGCUUAUGGUCGACCCCACCAGACCCUCGCAGUUUCAUUUGCGCAGAAGUUGCAAGAAGCUGGACAUGCACUUUCCGUCCGAGACGUCUGCGAGCCACUUGGGACUGCAUAUAACCAAGAACACCGAGCAGGCCCGCCGCGCCGCGCACGUCAAUUGCCAGGUCACUGCCGCUCUGGCUAUGCGGGCGCUGAGCAGCUCCAACAGAGCUGGGCGUGAGGUGGCCAUGGCUCUCCUCGAGGUAUUGCUGACGACACUGCGCAAUGCCACAGUGCACCACUGUGUCGGCGAGGCAUGGGGUCUCGCGAAGGACAAGGCCUUAAGUCCGCCAGCAUCGGCCAUGAGACGCUUGACAGUCACCCAGCAGCGUCAGGAAGGUCGCGUCCGUGCUGCAGAGGAUGAGGAAAAGACACGGGUGCAGCGUGUGCCGGCAAGCACCAUCAGAGUUCAACACAGCAGUGCCACAGACGACCCUGAAACAGACAUGGCCAUGCUGACGACCAUGGUCGAAGAGCAGGGACACUGCGAUCUGGCACGUGGCACGAAGCGAGCGGUUGUGGGAGGCGGCGGCGCCCUGAAUGGCCUCUUGACGCAGUUGCGGUACGACCCACAGCUGGAGCUUCCUGGGGGCUCCUGGAUCCUGACAGCGCUGCCGGAUAUCUGGCAGAAAGUGAAGGAUAAGCAGUGCUACAUCAUCGCCAACGGCCACAACGUGGUCGGACGUGUGGCGGUGUGGAGAAACCCUGCCGUCUUGCCAUCCGACUUGGAAACUUGGGAGGCGAUAGAGUGGCCAAGGGAGCAGUGGGCAGCGCCGAACAACUGCAUUGUUUGCUCCGUCCUGGGAGCGGGCAUCACCGCUCUUGCUGGAGGCAGCGGUCCGAGCAUUGGAUCUCGCUACUGCGUCCAAGCCGAAAAAAGAGCUGGUGGAAGAACAGCGCAAGAGGUUUUCGCUUCGCAUGGACCCAACGCAGAGUACAUCCAGCACGUCUUGUCCGUUCCCACUCCCAACGUGCGUGGGCAGGCCACAGCAAUGGCGGAGCGGUGCCAGCAGGCGCUGCUAGAGAACCCAGCCUCGGAAAUCCUGCGCAACCUCAUGCUCCGCGUCGGGUGUCUGUGCCAUGCCGCAUAUGACUGUCCCAAAAAGUUCUCAGGGGAGUACGUGCUCAAGGCCAUUCGAAGAGAGAUGAAAGCCGUGGGGUUGGCCGCAAAUGAGUACUCUCGUUCCACUUGGGUGGGCGCCUUCGAGCUAGCCUCCGCUGGACUUGCAGCGUACACACGGAAGCCCUGGGAGCUGGUAGACCUGGAGAAGCGGCGAGACUCGGGUAUUCCUCUAGGUCAAGUGUACCUCCCGUCUACCGCAAGCCGAGUUGUUCUGGGCAAAGCCGCAGGCAAAUGGGUCCGGCCCAUUUUCUUACGGGAAGGGCCAGUCCUUACGGGGAAGGACGGUCCUUACGGGAAGGGCCAGUCCUUACGGGGAGGGACGACGAAGCGGCUUACGGGAAGACUGUUCACAGAGAAGGACGACGAAGAGGCUUACGGGAAGACUGUGCCUUUACGGCAUGAAAUAGUGGAAGACCUCGCCGCGGUCCGCAUUUCUGGCCCGAUUUGUUUGGAGGAUCGAGCCUUUCAAAGGGCGGUUCUUACGGUGAAAGGGACCGCAGCGCAGGCGAAAGAUCUCAGAGAGCUACUCAUCAACUACGCCUACCUAGUGUCCUGCAGAGCAACUUCUUCCGUAGAGAGCGCGAUGUCCGUACUUUCGACGAUGUGCGUUACAGUUCUCUUCCAAGAGGUUACCGAAGCCAUGAGCAAGGCGGCUCAGGACACGGGUUUCGACCUGGAGAUCUGCAACAUCGAUGGCGAGAACGCAGCUCUUUGCGACGCGCUCUCUGCGCUCUUGAUAUCACUUGUCCCUUUAAAGGAGGAGACAGGCCAGGGCGCCACCGGAAAGGAGCCGAAGACCGACUCUCCAGCCUCGGCCGCCAAGGGCGGGGAUGACAAGGUCAACCUCCGCGACGAGGAAGAGCACGAACAAGUCUCCUGGCAAACCAUCCACACGUGGAUAAGCCGUGCUGGAUUCGUGAAGGUCGGGCUGUUCUUCUUCCUCACCUUCGGCAGCAAGAUCAUGGAAAUCUCCCAGACCUUGAUCAUCGGCAGCUGGAUCAACGCGAAGGUGGCUGACCCCAACGCCAACGACGGCUUCUUCAUGUGGCUGCUGACCCUCUCUUGCGCCUUCUGCGCUUUCCUGGCCUUCUCCGUCACAGCGCAGGCGACGAAUGCCUCCAACACUGCGUCAGCGUCUAUCUACUUGGACACCCUCGGGGCACUCCUCCGGGCGCCGAUCGACCUCUUCUUUGACAAGCAGCCGGUUGGACGCCUGAUCAACCGGUUGACAGGCGACGUUGGCACCAUCGACGUGCAAGUGCCGGGGAUUCUCACGAGCAUGUUCUGCACCGCCGCCUACAUCAUUGUGGCACAGCUCUGGUCAUUUUUUGUGAUUCCUUGGCCUCUGAUUCUGGCGGCCAUGCCGUUCUACUGCAUCAUGGGGUACUUCUUCACCCUCUAUGCCAACACGGCCAUCUCCUUGGUGAGCUACAGUAAGCACAUCCUCUCGAACCUCCAGGACAUCCAAGCCAUGGCCAUGGGUACGGCCGUGUCCAUCCGAGCGAACAACAUGGUCGAGAACUUCGUCGCCAGGUAUCAUCGUCAAGUUCACGCUGCUGUGAGGACACGGACCCUCGUGAACGCCAUGAGCCGAGCCUGGGCCCAGUCCAGGAUCUUCCUCACCUUUGGCACGCUGACGUGCCUCUUUGCCAUUGGUGGAAUGUGGACGGGCAUGCCACUGGGGACCCUCGCAGCAAUCAUCACGUUGUCCUUCACCCAAAUGGUGGAGUUUGACAACGUGUCCUUUGGCAUCACGACGCUGAUCUUUGUGAUGAAUUCGGUCCAGCGCAUUCUGAGCUACAGCGACGUGCCGCAGGAGGCGCCUCUGGACAUGCCUGAGGACCCCGUGAUCUUCCGGCAAGUGCGGGUGGUACGCGCCACUCAGGCACCUCGUAUGGAUUUGACUUGGGCCGACUAUCGACGGCUCUAUGUGCUCCGCGACACAGCUCCACACUGUCUCCUCGUCGCCUUCAUGAAGCUCUCGAAGGGCUUGCAGGAGGACAUCAGAGAUGCCUGGAUCGGAGGCGAGAACCGGCAGCGCGCUGGCAAUCCCUGCAGCCUGUGUGGGAGGGGCUUGUGGAUGGGUAUCACAAUGCGGCUUUACUUCGAUAAGCAUGUUUUCUCGCAGCAUGGCCUGACCACGCCACUCGGACGCAUAGCCGGCUAUGCCAACCAUACCGCGGUGGAGCCCGUCAACGGCGGCGAUCAGGGAAACGCGCACACGGUCGAGUGCGCAUGCCCUCUUGACUAG